GGAAAAAGCAAGCUAAGCGUCUCUUGACUGCUGGUUGAGUCAUAGAGAAAAGUACCUCGCAGUUUCCGUGGUAAGUACGCUGCUUCCUUUUCAGUUUCUCGUCCCUGCAAGCGAUUGUCUACAGCAUAAGUUGGGGCUAACUGCUUGAACGGUAGAAAUCUUAUUGUGAGGACAUUUUAGGUUCAGCUUGAUUCUGUAGCCUAUACUAAACUACCUGGCAUAAAGAUAGACAACUGUUUUUAAACAACGGUAUCGAAUAUAGGAAAGCGACUUCGCCUUUUGAAAAGAACAGAUACAUUUCUGUGACUGAAAGCUGAGAAGUUUGUUUUACAACUCACUUAUCCAGCUAAUACUUGACUACGGGGGUUAUUGUGUACGAGACAUGAAGCAAACCGAAGCCGCACAUCCAAGACGUAAUCAAUUCACAGAAACGAUGCGCCAGAGUAAUCCUAGACAAAAAAGGAGACACCCCCUCGGGGUCUUCAUUUUGAGACCUUAACGUCAUGACAUGAUUUGAUAAAAGAUAAGAACGCGCUUACAGGGGCCUUCCGUCUCGCUUGCUUGGAGAUUAGAUCGAGAAAGCUUAGGAUAACUGUAUAGGAAUAUUUUUAUUCAUAAAAGUGGCCCUGUCCUUUUGGCCGGUAUUACCGGAGAAAAUGGUGCCGUCCAGCGGGACAUCCUGAGUUUUAGCAACAUUUGUUAGGAGGCAUAUCAUAUCUGGGUUUUUUAUUGCUAAACGGUCAUUCUUUAGGUUUCCAAAAAGCCAGGGUAACUAAACAGGAGUGUUUUUUUUUUUUCGUAAAAAAUGCCUUGUCCUUUUGGCCUGUGAGGAAAUAGUACCGCCUAGCAGGACAUCCUAAACUAUGUCAGCAGUUGCUUGCAUGUCAGUACUACAUGACAUGCCGCUUGUAUUUCGACCUCGCUAUAUUAUAACUAUUAGCAAUUACUGUUAGCGCUAGUUUGACCUCACGUCGUAACUAUUAGCGAAGUUUUACUUUGUGUGAGAGCGAAAUUGUUUUGCGUGGUUGGCAUAUAGCACGAGGAACAUUCAGAAUAACUAUUAGCGCGUUUCUACUUUGUGUGAGAGGGAAAAUGUUUUGUGUGGUUAGCUUAUAGAACGAGGAAUAUUCAUAAUAACUAUUAGCGCGUUUCUACUUUGUGUGAGAGCGAGAAUGUUUUGUGCGGUUAGCUUAAAGAACGAGGAAUACUCAUAAUGACUAUUAGCGCGUUUCUACUUUGCGUGAAAGCGAAAAUGUUUUGUGUGGUUAGCUUAAAGAACGAGGAAUAUUCAUAAUAACUAUUAGCGCGUUUCUAAUUUGUGUGAGAGCGAAAUUGUUUUGCGUGGUUAGCUUAUAGAACGAGGAAUAUUCAUAAUAACUAUUAGCGCGUUUCUACUUUGUGUGAGAGCGAAAAUGUUUUGUGUGGUUAGCUUAAAGAACGAGGAAUAUUCAUAAUAACUAUUAGCGCGGUUCUACCUUGUGUGAGAGCGAAAUUGUUUCCCUUAGAUGUCUUAUAGGACGAGGAAAAUUCAUAAUAACUAUUAGCGCGUUUCUACUUUCUGUGAGAGCGAAAUUGUUUUGCGUGGUUAGCUUAUAGAAUGAAGAAUAUUCAUAAUAUAUAACUAUUAGCGCGUUUUUUCUUGGUGUAAAAGCGAACUUAUUUUGCAUAGAUGGCUUAUAGAACGGAGAAUACACAUAGCAUGUUUGUAUUUCGACCUCGCUUUAUUCACUAAUGGAACCAUUGGAAUGACAUCAUUUUCUAUUGGUACCAAUCGUACCAUUGGUAGCAAUGGACCAUCAGUUUGACGAAUCGUACCCGUUUGUGUAUAUUGGACAUGUGUGUUGAAAUCCAAGGAUAACCAAACAGGAGUGUUUUUUAUUCUUGAAAAUUGUCUGGCCCUUUUGAAUGGUAUAAGCUAAAAAAAUAGUACCACCAAGCAGGACGUCCUAAAUUAGCUCAGCAAGCUUGUGUUUAAUUUUUCAUGGUUAAUCUCAUUUGAAAGUGUUUUGAAAGUUAGUUUUUUAUCUCAGUAAUUUUUGUUUUUCUUUUGUUUUGGGGUAUGGUAAUGAAUGCUAAUGACGUUGAAACAAAUGGAAAACAAAAAUUACCGGAGAUAAAAUAAUUUCCUCGUUAGAUUCCUUGUGUUACUUAUUUAUUAAGGAGCACGAUGAGUUUGGAGUUGCUUUCAAGCUUUAUUUUCUCCACUCAUCAACAAUAAUUGGUAGUACAUGUGUCAGUGUUUGAAUCCAGGAGGGGUGGAUUGAGUGGCUAGCCACCCAUUUUUGGAACAGUCUACCAAAAAGUAAAUACUUGGGGAAACAAAUGGAAGUACGUGGGAAGCAAAAACCUCGUGAAGCCAACCAACCAUCGUCCUUCCUAAAUCGGCAUGCUUUGGGACAAAAGUGCAACAACUUAAAAUUAAUAACGUAUAGUUUGAUGGCCGAUUGGUAUCAUCAACCCACCAUUCAAAAAUCCUGGAUCUGCCCCUGGUACUUUAAGUUUAUUACAAAAACGUUUGCAACAGCUGUUGCUUGAUCAUGUUUUGAAAAUCCUGAAAAGAUAAAAGAGUAGAGACAGAAGAGUAUUAGUUAAUAUCCAACGUCUUAGAGUAAAAAUGAGACUUGUAUUUCAAAGUGGGUAGAAUACAGUGAAACUAACUUCUUUUCAUCAACAGUGUCUCAACUUUUAACUGUUUUAAUACCUGUUUAUAGUUGGGCAUUAUCCCCCUGCUGAGGUGCUCUGCAAACUAAUCAGUAACAGUAGUGAUGUACAUGUAUGAAAAUUGUUUUGAUGGAUAGUACUUAAAAGUUCAUUUUUAUUUUGAUGGAAUUGCAUAAUGAAUGACUUUCCAUUCAAUAAUCUUCAUUGCAAAGGUGAUGAAAUAGCAAAACCUACAGUGUACCAUUCUUAGGUGAUUACAACAACAAGGAAUGAAUUAAACUAUCUUUGUUCAGCUGUCCCCAGCUGGUAGGAAAAAGCCUUUAGAGGGCAAGGUAUGUAUUACAAUGUAACAAUAACAAGCUGCAUGUCAUGUAGUACUGACAUGCAAGCAACUGCUGACAUAGUUUAGGAUGUCCUGCUAGGCGGUACUAUUUCCUCACAUAAUACAGGCCAAAAGGACAAGGCAUUUUUUACGAAAAAAAAAAACACUCCUGUUUAGUUACCCUGGCUUUUUGGAAACCUAAAGAAUGACCGUUUAGCAGUAAAAAACCCAGAUAUGAUAUGCCUCCUAACAAAUGUUGCUAAAACCCAGGAUGUCCCGCUGGACGGCACCAUUUUCUCCGGUAAUACCGGCCAAAAGGACAGGGCCACUUUUAUGAAUAAAAAUAUUCCUAUACAGUUAUCCUAAGCUUGUAGAAACCUACAGAAAUCAAGUUUUACAACACAGUUUAACAAUAAAAAAACCCAGAUAUGAUAUACCUCCUAACAAAUAGCUACAAAUGUUGCUAAAACUCAGGAUGUCCCGUUGGACGACACUAUUUUUUUCGGUAAUACCGGCCAAACGGACAAGGCCACUUUUAUGAACAAAAAGGUUCCCAUAGAGUUAUCCUAAGCUUGUAGAAACCUGGAGAAAUCCAGUCCUACAACACAGUUUAACAAUGAAAGCUAGAGGUGAUGUACAUGCCAACAAUUAGACGGUACUAUUUUUUUUCGGUAAUACCGGCCAGCGGGACAAGACAAAUUGAUAUGACAUUUAUAAAAGGAUUGCUUACUAUACUGGUCCAAGAACAGUUCAAAACUCACAAUAAACGCAAACUUGGUCAACAAUCCGUAAAUCACGUUUCUCUGGCGAUAAAACGGCUCCUUUGGCUGUCAGUUUUCACCGCGCUUGAGCCGCCAUAUUGGAUGUUUUCGAGAAUUUCCGAAGUCGACCCGAAUCGGAAACUCGUUCCUAGUACUCCUCGGCUGUCCUUUUGGACGGUAUGAUUUAGGCACCACCGUGAGUAACCCUAAGAACGUCUGUGCGGGAGGCUACAUAAACCAGAUGAGUCAUCGAGAUGUCGGCGGCGUCAGUUACGAAAUGACUGAAAUGAUCCCGUCGACUUCCCCUCACUUGAUCGAUCGCAGCGAGGAUGUUAUAUUUGAGUUAGCUUGAGUUAUAAAACGGUCAAUAUUGUCGUUUCCAGUUUAUAUCACUAAAAAAAAUAUUAAAUUUAUAAUAGACUCAGCUGUAUUGCAUUGAACGACGCGGCUUAUGGUCUUCCCGAGGAAGGCUGGUUUCGGUCGAUGUUAUUUAGUGUCAACACGUCACGAAAUCCUAUCUAACAUCGACCGAAACCUAAACGGGACUCGGCUGCGGCUACGAAAAAAGCGAAAUAGAAUAAAUCCUGGGUCAGUGCGAAUCCCAUCCGAGUUUUAUUACUGUCAUUUGAGUCUCAAACAGUAGUUUUCCAGCUUUUCGACUUUCACCUAAGAAACCUUGAGAAGUUCAUAAUAAAAAAACAUUGGCGCCAAAUCUAAAAUUUUCCAACUGAGAAUACUCUGUAAAGUCAAUGGCGGGAGCUGAAUCAAGCGACACGCCGUGGUUAUCUUUAAGUCGCAUACGAUCCAUAUUCAGGAUAUAUAAGUCAGUCUAGGAGCUUAUUUUAAAAAGCGUAUGAAAUUGCCACGACUACCCGUUUAGCCGUAAUUUAUGAUAUUUAAUUUAAUAAACAGACAGGAGGAUUUUCCAGCAGUAGUAAGCACUUGGUACAAGUGCCCUCCGGCUAAUUUGUAUUUUCCACACGUUUACAGUAUAAAAAUCACGUUUGUCGACCAUCUUUAUUCUUCCAGUUCACAGUAACUAGUAGAUUUUAGACCUUUUUGUAGUUUGAGUUCCCGGGGGCGGGGGGAGGGGGGGGGGAUUGCUCCGGAUUUCAAGUGACAGGGAUAUGGAUGAUCGAAGGAUUUUUUGGGGUUUGCAAGUUUCGUUUUUGGGAUUUUUUGGGGUAGGAAAAUUUUGGGAAGUAUUAUAUAAGUAUAACGGAAGUAUUUUUUUUGGUAGCUUGAUUUAAGUGGGAAUUUUUUUGGGUAUUCAAAACUAAUGUUUCUAUUUUUCGUGUUAUAUCAUUUUAUGCAUUCUGGAAAUUUUUAUUAUGGCUCGGAAAUUCGGCAUGGGAAUUUUUUGGAGGAUAAAUUUUGGUCCAGGGAUUUUUGGGGGUUUUGAUUUUUGCCCCAUUCGAUCAUCCCUGUCACUUGAAAUCCGGAGCACCCCCUCUGGGCUUGAGUUAAGCUGAAAAGGACGUUGAAUUUUUCACACUAUCUAUCCCAAGUUAAUCUAUAUUUUUCUGAUUGGAAACUGUGUAGGGAAGAGCAAUGAAAAAACCAAACCUUCUUAAAGCCGUAAAAUGCUUCUAAAAUUGUCGGGGAAAGUAAUACUGCGGAAAUUCUUGCUCUCCUGGAAAUUUUGUGGAUUUUCAGUAACUCCGGCCCUAAAAGUCCCCUUUCCUGGGGUUCUGGAUAUUGGCCAGUUCCAUUCUCCUCAGAUGAAGCCUUGCGAAUCGGCAUUCAUCAAGGUCAGAUCAGUUUCCAUGUUGUAGUGGAUAAGAGGCAAGGCGAGUCCAACAUUUUCCAGAUUUCAACUUGGAAAGCAUUUUUAUUACUAAACUGAUAUAUUUAUGAUGAAAAAUCCGACCGAUUUCUGUAAACAGCGGAAACCGGUGUGGAUCCGAGCCUGCCCAAUUGUCCUCUCCAACAACUAGCCAUUGUCAGGUUGAAUGUUGGCACGUCUGAUUGCGAAAGUAGAACUUUUUUAUUAUCAACUACUUAAACUUUUUUAGGUGAAAGUUGAAAAGCUGGAAAACUAUUGUGUGAGACUCAAAUGACAGCAAUAAAACUGGGAUGAUAUUCGCACUCAGUCGGGAUUUAUGUUAUUUCGCUUUUUCCGUAGCCGCAAAAUACUAUUCAGAUCAAAUCAGUUUCCUUCUAUUAAGGACACAGUUGAGAUCAUGUAAAGAUUUCUUCAGAGUGAAGUAUAUAACAGGUUUCUAGUUUAACUGUUCAGUCGACUUCCUUCGUAAGAAGAUCAUCCGCCGGUCCCUGGGCGAAAUGGCAAAGUCGCACAGUUUCAAUUCUGGUCAUUUCGUUAACGUCUUUGGUGGAAUUUUUGCGUUUGGCAGUAAAAGAUACUGGAUGUAAUUAAGGCACGCGUCGUUUUACCUCCUUUUUUACGAGGACCUUAAGAAAUAGAACGAGAACCCGAAGCAAAACCAUCGCUCAUCGUCGGACAUCUUUACGUGCGAGGAAAGAAAUGUAUAUGAAGGUGUUGAAUUACCGCUGAUUUCCAGUACCGUCGGAACAUAUACGGGAUCUUGUGGAUUUCCUAAUACGGUCAUGUAUGAAUCAUUUACAGAAUACCUAACUUCCAUAUAUGGUUUUGGCGGGCGAUACAGAUUCGAAGGAACGUUCGUUGAGCUUUGCUGGGAGUGUCUUCAAGAUAUUUAUACGCUUGGAAUAUUGCCUUAAUCUUCACAAUUCGAGUACAAUAUGAGUGGAACUUGAAAAGAAAACAAAAGAAGUACACCAUCACUGAAUUUUGACGAUACAAGUAAGUUUUGGGGUGAAAAAUGUGUCGGUUUCAGUCGUUUCAAUGUAUAUCGAUUCUUCUUUGCGAGUCAUUUGCAAAUCUUAAUGACACACGAGUUAAGCCUUAAGGUUUACAAAGUGAAAGCUUGUUUACUUCGCCUAAAGUGCAGUGUAAAUUCAAAAUAUAAAACCCAAGUCUUGUUUUCGUUAGAUCGCAUUUCGUUCCAGUUUUUGUACGUAAUAGGUAGACAUAUUUCUUUAAUAAGGUAAUGGCACAAUUUACUGUGUAGCCAAAGAGUACAGAUCUAAUCAUUCUUGUCUAUUAAACAUUUACUAAAAUUAAGAAGAAUAUUGUGUGAUGCUUCUAAGCAAUAAUUGUUAAGUACAAGUGAGUUAAAGAAAGGUCAGAAAGAAACCAGUUAAUAUACAUGCACCUUCCUAGCACUACGCACUUGGGCUGGAAAGAAAUCAGCCUGAACUACUUUAAUAUAAAGGUAAGUUAACCAUGACUUUUGUUUACUUGAAGGAAAUAUGAGGGUUUCAUGUAAUUUUUGGGAAAGUAAACACAUAUUGUAUCAGUUUGUAAAUCAACAUUUUACGUCCUUGCCGUAUAAGGUGGUCGUUUGUUUAUGCUGCUGAUAAUUUUUCUUAGACGUUUUAGAAGGGCGGCUGGAAAUUAUAAAACUGAGUAAGCUACUUCUGGCGACUGUUGCAAAGUGUGGUUCGUACAGAUGUUAUAUUUAAAAUACAUACCUAUAUCGCUUUCAUGAAUGUUAUAACUGUACUUUAUCUGCAAGCAAGACCAGCUACCAGAAACGCCCGUCAUGACGGCAAUGAACCGCGUGCGCGUGAGUAUUCUCGCUCGACUCUUCGCAUUUUGCAGAGUUUUUAAAUACUCUUUAGAGGAUAUAAAAACUAAAACUUGCUCGCUUCUUGAACAUUUAUGUGUUUAUUUCACUUUUGUGAGCGGUUGAUACAAAAAAAAAAACUUUGUGAUUCAUUAAAACUAGCAAAGAUGCUUUGGUAUACGUACAGUCGACUCCCGAUAUAACUAGAACCUUCAAGGAAAAUCGAAAAAAGUUCGAGUUAUCGGGAGCUGGAAGUAAGGAAAAGAACAGUUUUUACUGCACAGUGAACAUUUUAAUCACAUUUCAUUGUAGAAAUGUCGAGUGAAAAUUAGAAGAUACUUCUAGAUUAUAAAUCAGAACGUAACGUAACAAAACAUAGCCUAAAUAGAGCAUGCGUUUUACUGUUUUGAGAAGUAAAGCUGUUUCACGUUAGACUUGUGACAAACAACAUCAGCCUCCACUAGCAAACUAUAUGCCUACAACACGUCAAUGGGAAAUUCAAAAUUCUAUGUUUCUGACGCCAGUAGACUGUUUUUUCCCGACUUUUUGCGCUCAAAACAUGGUUCGAGUUAUCGAGGCUAAAAUUAUAUAGAAAUGAUCUGAAGGGAAACAAAAACUACUUCGAUUUAGCGGGAGGUUCGAGUUAUCGGGAGUCAUCAACUGUAUUCAGAUUGUAUUAAAGCGAUCACAGCAUAAUUUUGAAGGGCUGUUAUGCGGCAUAUGGCUAAUCGACUAAUUAUGCAAGCUCUACUCUGUUUUCAGUCUGUCACUCGGUUUCAAAACAUAUUUAUUUGUUAGUUAAAAGAGUAAUAUGUUCUCUUUUUAAUUUCUCCGGGAUAGGGGCAUUCGAUCAUUUAAAAUGUAACAGCCUAUAGGUUCGAGGGAUGGGGAAUUAAAGCACUAAUUUUUCCAAAAUUCAAAUGCUGGUAGCAUCCCUCCAUGAGGGAUAUUGAAACUUUAUUCCAAUCUAUAAUUUGCUCAGUUGGUCUUAGUUGUGUGUGCAUGUCUAACAAUCCUUGACAUUGGUUCGUGCUGGCAGGAAUAUCAAGAGAAUAUAGUUUUGUGCAAUUUGGAAAAAUAAAAGGAUCUGAUGAAGUAUUUUCAAAUGAGAAAGGUAGCUCAUUUAAGAAAAGAUUUAAAAGAAGGGAGCCUAAAAUACAGCCCUGUUGUACAUCUCUUUCGGUCUUAAUAUCAUAGGUGACGAAUUACUGCUUAAUUUUGGCGCGAAAUUUCAGCGUUAAUUUGUAAUUUCACAUGUGAAAUUACUAAAUUGCCAUGGCAACCUGCCGUACGUCUCCGUUUCAAGAUGGCGACGAAGUUUUAAAAUGUCAUGAAUGAAGUUGUCAGGGCAUAAAAAGACGCUUUAGAAAACCUGAACACACGAAAGAGCACAUCAAGAAGGAUUCUUAGAGGUAUGUUGUCGAAAAAUUCCGAAAACUUAAGCCAAAUUUCAGCUCUAAACGUUUGAGAGAGUGGAGUUCACGAUCGAUCGAUACGAUCCAGAAUAAACAAGUCAAAAAUCCUCGAUUGCUAAGGUAAUUCGUCACCCAUGAUAUUAAUAGGUAAUCAAAUGGUAUACUCGUGAAAUUAGGGAAUAAUUUCACUUGCGUUUUGUCCAAAUCCUAAGGAUUUGGACAAAACGCGCGUGAAAUUAUUCCCUAACUUCACUCGCCACCGUUUGAUUACACAUACUAAUAACAUACAUGAAAGAAUUUCUCGAUUGUGAUUGGCUAAGAGAAAUGCAGUUUUUAGGUAACACGGUGCAGAAAAAAGGUAAUUUAAUGCAGAAAAGAGUAACAAACGUGACAUUCUGUUUGGCUGAUAAACAAAGGAACUCACUGGGAGCCAAACAAAUGCGCCAUCUAAAUGGCGCAAAAUUUAGAUCGGCUCCGGACAAGUUUCGAGCAAAAACCGCAAUGGUUGGCGUUUGCAGCACUGUAGAGGAGCUGAAAAACUGCUCUAAAAACGAAACACUGCGAAAAGCACUGGUUUUUGGGUCUCUGUUUGGAAGAAUUGGUGCGUAGAUAAGGAAGUUACUGAUGAAAUAGAAAAUUAUGAGCCGGCUGAACUUAACACUUUGCUCGAGCAUUUCUACGCCGAAAUAAUAAAUUUUUUUCAAAGACCACAAUUUUUUUAGCCUUUGAAAAAAUUUAUUCGUGCUUAUUAAUUCCAAAUUGCACUCGAAAUCAUGUGAUUAUCUGUACUAAAUCGUGCAAAUGCAAUGCAAAUUAAUUUCUAAUGACAUGUGCAGUGUGUACGCCGACUGGCUCAAGGAACUUCCGGUCGAUCGUGACUUCAAGAACGUGCUCUUUUUAAGAUAAUUUUGCAAUAAAUCAGAAAUAUCCUUUUCUUGGUUCGUCUUGUCGCUUUGUUAUAAAAUAAUAAUGGUUUACAUUAUUAUAGGAAAUAAACGCUCCAUUAAAUUUAAGGUAUUGGAAAUUAACGCGACUUAAAUUAACGCGAAUAAAAUGGAAAACGACUUUCGAAUAAAGAGAAUUAACGCAAAAGAGGAGGUAGAAUUUCAUGAUAGAGAAAAUUAACACGAUGAAGACACAGUUGGUGGUGACAACUGGAACAAAUUUAUUCCAACACUGGAUGCAAAAAAAUUCAAAACUGAACUUACAUCACUUCUGACAACGACAACGAUGAAGAUGAACUCGAAAUAUUGUAAACCUUCGCCUUAGCUUUUGUGAAUGAUGAAAAAUAUAAGGGGUAAAUGGAAAGAAAGCUCGUAGUUAAUGUUUAAUGUCUGGACAGGUUCCUAAAUCUGGGUUAAAAUACUGCAAAUUAAGAGCGCGGAAAUUAACGCUGCACUUAAUUAACGUAGCGGAAAUUAACGACUUGAAUUAACGCGAAUUUUAACGAUUCGCGUUAAUUUCAUGGAGCGUUAAUUUCCUAAAAUAAGGUAUGAUUUAUUGAAUUUGAUUUAUGGACUUAACAGGGAAGUUUGGAGGUCACUCAGCAUCCUUUUUUUUUUAGUUAAUAUGUAGAUUGUUCAAUAACUGAAGAUUUUAACGAAAUGAAACAGGUCUACAAUACUGUCAUAUCUACUAUUUUUAUACAUGACUUCAACACGUGCACGUUAAAAAUAAAUAAAUGAAUAAAUAAAAAAACAAGAUUACGAUCUUUCAAAAACGUGUUAGAAAAGGUGCUGAUAACAGAUUUCAUAUACUACAGAUAACCAAAGUAUUGAUGUCGCAUAAGAACAUACUUACCUAUAUGACAUUUAGUUUCGUCAUAUUUGUUUUUGUUUUUGUUUUUUUGUUUUUGCUUUUUUCUUUUUAAGACGUGUACAGUAGGGUUAUAUGUAAGCUUGUGCUUAAUGAUAUUCUUAUGUCCUUUUUUACAUUGUAAAGCGCUUAGAACAGCUAUGUAUAAGCGCUAUAUAAAUGCCAUUAUUAUUAUUAUUAUUAUUAUUAUUAUUAUUAUUAUUAUUAUUAUUAUUAUUAUUAUUAUUACCUACAAUCUUGGACGUCAAUCGUUAUCGGGCAUGUUCCAUCUCGUUUAUUUCGUCAAAUGGUGGCAAAUUUUUCUAGAGUUGAAUUCUAAAAGACUGUAUCAAAGUUCAGGAAAAGAAAAAGAAAGUCGUUGUCUUGUUUUCACUUCCUCGACAAAACGUAAAAUUAGGCUCUUUCACGUUUUAGUCGUGCAACGACGGCAAAGAAAUGUACAAAAAAGCGUGAUGCACGUACAAAGUUGUUGUUUUUCGCCCCCCACCCAUGUAAGGGAAUCCAAGACAGCCUUUGAUUCAGGCUUCCACGCCGUGGACUCCGGAUUCUAAUUACUGGAUUCCAGAUCUUUUUCAGUGAAACUUGGAUUCCGGAUUCCAGUUGUUAAUCGGAUUCCGGAUUCCUACAGCUGUUUUUCGGAUUCUAAGGCCCAGGAUUCCGGAUUCCAAGAAGAAAAAUUUCCAAGAUUCCGGAUUCCACGAAGAAAAAUUUCCAAGAUUCCGGAAUCCGUGGGGAGAUUGUUUUGCCAAUCUAAACCAAUUGCUUUUUUGCCGUUCUCGUUGCCUUCGCCGUCGUUGUUGCUUAUGUAACAAUGCUACCCACCGUCACAUUUUUUAUCGGCCGUGUAGGCCUGCUUGUUCAUGUGUGAAAGGCCCGCCGCCUUACUAUAGAGUACGAAUCUAAGAGAAACAUCAUGGCUCUCAUCUCUUUUACUGGCCAAUUAAACAACUAUUCUGAUCGAUGUUAACUUACCGGUUCUUCCGAGCGUUAUUUAGUUUGUUCUUCCUCUAUAAUUCAUACAGUGUACAGGGCUUAGCUUGGUGCUUGGAGUGCUUUUUGUACUCCCCUCGCCGUCAGUAUUUCCGUUUUUUUAUCACACGUCUCCUUAGUCUGACUCCUAUUGUGGGAACCCCGAUUGUAAAAACAGUAAUUUAAGUUGCAUAAAAAGUCAGAGCCUGAGGAUUAAAAAAAAGAAAGAAACGUUUAGCUACGUGCCACAUUUUGCCCAAAAGCGGUCUUAAGAGCCUGUUCUCCCUUUGGAGUGUUUGUGAUCAGUAUAUUCCCUCGUACCAGGAGGCAACGGUACCAGUGAGCCAAUUGGAGACGAUCUUAAAAAACACCUGUCAUUGAGUAUCUAUGAACUGCUAGUAGAUUUGCAUUUUGCGAGUUAUUGUCAAGCACACGGUUAGAGCCAAAUACGACAUCAUUUUUCUCUACCAAAACAACAGCAAAACAAGUCCGGAUCCAGGUGUCCUGUUCGCUUUGACAAGGUUUGACAAGCUUUGUUUGUUUUGACAAUGAUUUGAAUAAUCACGGAAAACGACUCUUGGAAAUUUGUAGAAGCGCGGAUUUAAGAAUUUUAAAUGGUAGAAUUAAUGGCGACUCGUUAGGCAGACCUACAUUUCAUGGUAAAUCGGGAAUCAGUGUCAUUGAUUACUCCGUAUGUGACCAAGAUUUGCUACGAAAUAUAACAUCUUUUGUAGUGAAAGAGCCGAACAGUUUAUCAGAUCAUAGUCCAAUAAUAACAUGGCUUAAGGUUAACCGUCAUUUAGAUAAUGAUUCAUCAAACGAGGCAAUUAUAAAUGAUUCUUAGACUCCUCUACCAAAACAGUUUUUUUGGGAAAACGAUUCGUCACAAAAAUUUAGAGCUACAUUACAGUCUGAAGACAUUCAAAGAAUGAUCCACAAUUUUAUGAAUACUACAACAAUCACGAGAAAUGUUGACAUGAACCUUCAUGCUGUAGAAAAUAUUCUUAUUUCAACCGCCAAACGCUGUUUGAAGAUCAAAACAGCAAAAAAGCGACGUUGCAAAAUAUCUUCGAACAAAAAAUGGUUCGACAAAGAAUGCCGCUAUAAAAGACAUGAACUGCGGAAACUUUCUAAUCAAAAACAUAGAGAUCCUCUAAACACUACCCUCAGAGAAGAGUUUCACAACGUCUUAAAACAAUAUAAAAACCUUUUGAAACAUAAGAGGACGAAUACUAUAGCAAUAAGAUCUGUGAACUUGAAAAUACGGUCGAAAAUUCGAACAAUAAGAGCUUUUGGAAGUGUUUGAAGUCAAUGGACGACACUAUGAAGGAAACCUACACCCCUCCAAUUUCUGAAGAAAAAUGGAUGUCCCACUUUCAAUCUUUGCACUCGAAUGAACCCCUUAAUGAACAGCAGGAGGCAAUUAUAGAUGAGUUGCAGAAUUCAAAGGAUAUUACGUCACGAUCUCACUCCUUGGAUUACCUCAUCACUGAAAGUGAAAUUCGCACUGCAGUUGGAAAACUCAAAAACAACAAAUCUUCUUUUUCAGACAAAAUCAAAAACGAAAUGAUCAAAUCUAGCCUAAACGAAUUAAUGCCUGUUUAUCUAAAACUAUUUAACACGGUCCUCGACUUAGGAACUAUGCCCCAAAUGUGGUGUGAUGGCCUCAUUACACCAAUUUUUAAAUGUGGUACUAAAAGCGAUCCAUCAAACUACCGUGGAAUUUGUAUUUCCAGUUGUAUUGGAAAACUAUUUUGUUCAAUUCUCAGUCAGAGACUUCUAAAGCACGUUGACUUAAAUAAUAUACUUCACAAGUCUCAAACUGGUUUUCCAGCAAAUAAUAGAACAGCAGAUCAUGUCUUCACACUUUGAACAUUAAUAGACAAAUAUGCCCAUUGUCACAAGGAGAAAAUAUAUGCGUGUUUUGUUGACUUUAGGAAAGCCUUUGAUUCGGUUUGGCAUGAUGGGCUUCUCUAUAAGUUAUCUAAGAUCAAUGUCCAAGGAAAGUUUUAUAGUCUAAUUAAGAGUCUAUACUCGAAGUCUACCUGCUCUGUCAGGAUUGGAAAUAACAAAACGCGCUCUUUUCAAUACGCAAGAGGAGUGCGGCAAGGUUGCAUUUUAAGCCCUCUGCUCUUUAACUUAUACCUUAACGAUCUAGCGUUCUCAUUUGACAAUGUUUUAUCAGACCCCUUCGUGUUACCAAAUGGCACCAGACUCAACUCUCUCCUUUACGCAGAUGACUUGAUAAUAUUAUCGCGAUCCAAACUUGGUCUACAAAACUGCCUUAACGUACUAUCUUCAUAUUGCAACUCAUGGAUGCUUAGAAUAAAUCCUAAGAAAACCAAAAUAAUGAUUUUUCAACGAUGCACACGAAAACGUGAACAUAACUUCCGCAUAGGCAAUGAAGUAAUCGAAGUUGUCCAAAACUAUACUUACUUGGGAACUCGAAUUACAUCUUCCGGAAAUUUUACACUUUCGCUUGAACAUCUCCGACAAAAAGCUCUUCACGCGCUCUUCAGCCUCAGGCGACACACGGAUUUGAAUAAUCUUAAGCCCUCACUUGCGUGUAAAAUUUUUGACUCUAUGAUUUCACCAAUUCUAACCUACAACAGCGAAGUUUGGGGUGCUUUUGUUAAAUCAGAUUUUAAGUCCUGGGACAGCUCUGCAAUUGAAAAAACCCAUUUGCAAUUCUGUAAACGUUAUUUACAAGUACAUAACAAGGCAUCCAACAUUGCUUGUAGAGCUGAACUCGGUAAAUUUCCCAUGAUCAUUGAUAUAAAUAAAAAGGUUCUAAAUUACUUAGACUAUCUGAGAGGUAAGGAUGAAGAUUCUAUAGUUAAACAGGCCUUACAAAUUUCAAUUGACCUUCAUCAUAACGGAAAAACUAGCUUUUACUCUAAUCUCAUGAAAAUGGUUGACUACUAUGAUCUAAACUAUGACUUUUCCUGUAAUUCAUUGAGUGACUCAAUAGUUAAUAGGUAUAUCGGCAUAAUGAAAAAUAAAUACGUCUCUUACUGGAAUCAGACACUUCAACAAUCACAAAAACUCAGUUUUUAUUGUACAAUCAAAGACGACUAUAGCCCCUCGCCGUACCUAGUUUUAACAAGAAAAAACCCUUCGAGAAAAACAUUAGUUAGAUUUAGAAUAAGUAGUCAUCAACUUAGAAUUGAAACAGGUAGAUACGAAAACAUUCCUCGCAAUGAAAGGAUAUGUCACUUUUGUACAAGUAAGAAAAUAGAAGAUGAAAAUCAUUUCUUACUAGAUUGUAAAGCUUAUUCUCAGAUCAGAGACAUAUUUUUCUCGAAACUAAAAACUAAAAUACCUGACUUCAAAUCACUUUCACACGAUACUUUAAUAUCUCUUCUUAUGAAUUCUUCUGAUUAUUUAAUUAACUGUCAAUUAGUUUCAUUUAUCUCGCAAUGCUUUGAAUUAAGGACCAAAUUAAUAUCAAUGAAUGAAUGAAUGAGAACUGUCACGUUUUGUAAAGUUUUGCACGUACUAAUUAGUUGAAUUAGUACUUAAAUUUAGACUAAUAGCUUUUGCAAUACUGUAAUUCCUUUAUGGUCAUGCAAAUAAAGCUUUUGGUGUUGUUGUUGUUGCUUCGCUCAGGAUGCGACUUCUCGACAAUGGCUGCUAUAUGACGUCAAAAACGAUCAAGGCGAUGUUUUUCGCCCCCAUAUAAGGUAAUCCGGAUGCUAGGAUCCGGGGAAUUUUUGGUUGUGCAUUCCGGAAUCCUGGACCUUGGAAUCCGGAAUUCAGGUUAAGGAUACCGGAAUCCCGCUAACGUCUGGAAAAAAAUCCGAGUUGUUCAAAAAGUGGGUAACGCUAUUCAGUGAAUAAAUCUAACGCAAACGUUUCCCUAAUACUUAUCUACUGGAUAGUGAUUUAUCCAGUGGAUACCGCCAUCUAACACUUGAACAAAGAGAGGUCUGAAACUCAGACACAAGAACUGAAACAUCUCUGACUGUGAAUUUUGUCAUAAAAUGACAAAAGGCAGAUAAACAUUACUAGUAAGUCUCCGAUGAAGUUGGUGCACAGUGCCAGCAACCGCCGCUACAACGACGGCAAAGACAACGUCAAAAAACAAUUGGUUUUAUGAGAAAAACAACACCUCUGCACGUGCAUCACACUUUUUAGAACAUUUCUUUGACGUCCACAGCACACCUAAUACCACGUUUUGUGGAGGACGUGAACAUACGACGAUGAAUUUUUCACUGAAUCUCAUGUUGAACCAGAAAAAACUCCUUUAGAAUCCAACUCCAGGAGAAAUUGCCUACAUUUGACAAAUUCAUCCGGUCCACACAGACGCGACGAAGUUUGAAAGGACGCAAAUUAGUUUUUAGUGUUGAAGAAAAGGAAAGAUAAGCGGACGACAAGGCCAAUCGCUUAAACUUUACCAGCUAAUCAAAAGGCGCUCGGAAAUUAACUGACAAAAGUAUACAAAAAGUUUGGAUCAGGAGAAGUACUUGCAGUAUCGUAUGUGAUGUCCUGGGAGCCAAUACGUGGUAAUGUAUUGGUGUAUCUUGCAGUUAAUGAGGCUGUGUGAAUGAAGCAAGCAAAUAAGGAGACCAGUUAAUACAUGAGUGUGAAAAAGUAUGGCUGAGCAAUGUAGUAAGUAGUUUAAAAAGCACCGUUGAGCAAUAAUUGAUGUACAUGCACUGUCCGUCCUUUUGAAGACAUAGUGCCAGAAAAUAUUUAAGUUAAAGUAGGCUUUUUAUUGACUAUUUCGUUUAAAUUGAUGAGAUUUUGUUUUUUAAUUUUAGGAGCUGCUUACUGAAACACUUACAAGCUACUUAAUGUUUCAAGAGAGUUUGAGAGAUCAAGGCCGCAUACGUGACCGAUAAUGAUCACAUGUUUAUUUCUCUUGCUCAAGUCGUGUCUUAAAUCAACACAUUAGUCUCAUAAAGGCAAAAUGAGAGAAACGGUGGCACGAACAUUCAUUUUGGUUUGCUUGUUAUGUGCGAUAUUGCUGUUAAUAACAGUGUUUUGGAACUCACUGGGUAACACCUUGCGCCAAACAAUUCCAAUCUCCCGACUGGCGUUAGGGAGACUAAGAAACAAGGAGCUGGAGUCAGCUGAAGAAAACAACACUCGCAGCGUAACUCAGAAGCCCUUCGUGAUACUGGUUUAUACACAAUUCUUCGGUACUAAGGAGUGGAUAAAAAUCACUGAUGAUUGUUCCUCACCAGAAAUACCUGGAAACAGUUGCCGUAAGGACAAGGUUGAUUUGACGUACGAUAAAAAGCGAUAUGCUGAAAGCGAAUUUGUCAUAUUCCACGCCCGAGAUAUGCCUGGUGUGGAUCACCUGAAAACGAUAAUGAAAAAUAAGCCCUCGUCGCAGUUCUGGAUUUAUUUUUUACAGGAAAGUCCAAAUGCUACUCCUGAUACCCGACCUUUGAAUGGAAUGUUCGAUUUGACUAUGACGUAUAGAUCCGAUUCAGACUUCUGGUGGCCUUAUGGGUCUUAUAGGGGGAUCCCAUUUGAAAAGACUUCACAACUAGAUUUCUCCGUUGGGAAGGACAAACUGGUUUCCUGGAUGGUUAGCAACUGUAACUCUCAUCUCAGAAACUCGUUUGUUCAUGAGCUUCAAAAGUACAUUACAGUUGAUGUAUUUGGAUCGUGUUCGGGAAAAUUUGGCGAACCAAAAUCCUGUCCACAUGGAGAAGCUUGCAGAAAUAUUAUUAAACAGUACAAGUUCUACCUUAGCUUUGAAAAUGCAUUAUGCGAGGACUACAUCACUGAAAAGUACUGGGGCCGUAUAGGUAAGCAAGCUUAUUUACGAAAUAUAGGAAUUGAUGGUAGCCCAGUUUUUAGUUUAUUUAUAAAUAACAUUAUUGCUUAUGUAGGUCAGCAAGUCUUUGUUGUUGUUGUUGUUUGUUUUUUGGUGGGGGGGGGAGGGGUAAAGGAGGUGUAUUAUAGGCAAAAAAUAACAUAAAAGAGAGGGGUAGGCUUAAUAACUUUCUUCCACUAAAAAGGGGGGAGGGGCUUAUUUGAGAGGGGGGCUUAAUAGAGGAUUUACGGUAAUCAUAAAAGUCUCAAGGCCCUUAUUUGAGGUUUUAUCGUCAUUACAGGAGAUGAAAACGUCAUACCAAUAGUCUUAGGAGGCGCCAACUACAGCAAACUCGCCAUUCCAGGUUCAUAUAUCAACGUUAUGGACUUCAAGACGGUAAAAGACCUUGCAGACUACCUCCACUACCUUGACAAGAACAAUACCGCCUACAAUGAAUAUUUCAGUUGGAGACAAAAAUAUCGAGCAGGCAGAGAAGGGUGGUCCUUUCUUUGCAUGUUCUGUGAAACUCUUAGAACCGAUUUCAAACAAAGAGGCCGAUAUAAAGACCUGACAGGCUACUGGGUUGGUAAAGGAAGAUGCAAUGAAAAGGACGAGCGUGUUAGAAGAAUGUGGAGUUGA